AAGAAUUACAAAUGGUGCAGGUGGAUUUAGUUUUCAUCAUUCGACUUGUUGACAUCAGUAGAAGUGUCCAACGUAAAAUGGAUGCGGCCACCACUUCGUGGUGGUCGCGAGACGCCGUGGCGAUGAAGAUGAAGAUGCGGCGGCUUCACCUUCUGUUUCUCGUCUUCUUAGGGUUGUUUUCAUCGACCCCAGUAGGAGUCUUGGGAGUGAAGAAUCUCUUCGUCAAGAGAAGCGGUGAAACUACCUCUUCAUCUACUCAUCGUAGAACUUCAAGAAGAGCAACUGCAGCAAGAGCAACCUCCAAGGAGAACAAGAUUUUCGAAGACACUGUGAUUCCGUUUUUCGAAGGUCAGAAUUUGCGCAGUUUCAUCGGCUUGACGCAUCGCGAACCCCAAGAGUGCACUUGCGCUUGUUGCAUCCUCAACCGCGAAGGAGCGAAUGCGGCAUCCAACUCUGCGAGUCACAAUAAACAGCUGUGCCAGCCGCUCUUCUUCGGGCAGACGACCGCUACGCACUCUUAUGAACCAAGAUGCAAUUGGAUCAUUCAGGAUCUCAACGAGUAAUACUUCGCUGAUGAAGGCACUUCAUUUCACUACGCGAAGUAGCCGGUUCUUGGACCAAGGAUCUCUAUCAUCACGUCCUCCAGGUCCAUUUGAUGGCACAUCCAGCCUAUACGCUCACCCUGUCAUAAGUGAGCAUUCUCCUAUCCUAUCCUAUUCUAACCCCCUGCCCUAGAUUGUGAAGCCCUCGCCGCCGGCGUCCCCGGCUCAGAGCAGUGUAGAAUUGGUGACGGUGCGGUUUUCUUUGCCAAGGACCAACUGGUGGACAAAGUUCAUUUCUGUGCUAACAACUGCGAACCAGCGCCAAUGUUCUUUCAUUAAGGGUAGGUCAAAGGUGCUUUUCUUACCGCUUUUUAUGCCUCUCUCCCUUAGGAUGAGAAAGGCAUAACAAGCGGGGUAAGCGAGCACCAAAAACCUACCUCUAAUUUCACCAUGUUAUGAACCAGCCGCCCACAGGCAGCACAUCAUGUUGAAGAUGUUCUUUCACUUCACUUUUUUAGUACGUCGACAGAAAAACUAAAAACCACUUAUGUGCUAGAACACAAUAACAUCUUCAAACACCUAUUAUCUCUAUGCCUGUUGUCUUUCUCUUCUAACCAUAACAACAAAGCUCUUCUCACGACGACCUCUUCCAAGGGACGUAAAGACAAGAAGGAGAACAUUUUCGCAAUGCAGCAGGAAAAUUUGGAACGACGACCACGCCCAUCGGGGCCAGAGUGCGUCAGGGUUUCGGCUAAGACCCUAGAUCGUCUUGGCCUGGACGUAGUGCAUGUUAAGGCUCUUUCGAGACCGAAUCGGCCAUUUUUCUUUGUAUCUAUGUAUUCUUUCAUUUGUUCAUCUCAUUCUCAUGUUCAUCCUCAGAAGGAUCUAGUAUCAAUCUUGGGACCAUUUUGGUUUUGUUUCAACUAGGGACAAAUAAGCGUAUGAAAUGUGUUACAGUUACUGUCUUCAACUACAAAAUGCAUAGAAGUCCUCCUCGAGAUGGUUCUGUUGAGUAAGUAACGAAGCUCUCUAAUCACAGAGCCGAGACAACCGGAUUGAGACUGGAAAUGGUCAGCUGCGAGACCUAUCAUGUGCAAUUGUUUGGUGGGAACAAGGAUGACAAAAAUUGCGCCUUUUCUGUAUUCGAUCUGGCCAAACCAGCGGAUCCGCAGUGCACUCAGGACACGGUCUGCGCACUUACUGGGAGAAUGGUGUAUUCAUUUUGAUUCCAGAACAUUUCCUAUUGUUCCUCGUUGGUUAUGCUAACCAUAGGCGAGGUGGUCCAUCCACAGUCGUCUUCGAUGAUUUGAUUUUCUUUUUCGCGUGAAAAGGGAGACCAUCAUUCUAACCCUUACACACUGGCGUCAACAGCUCGAAAAAUUGUAUCCGACUUUCAACGACAUGACGGAUUGCGCCUGUCAACUCUGUAAAAGAGCCUACAAUUGGUAUGCACACCACGGAAAAAAUGUCUGUGCAAAUGUUAUGGCUUGAUUUUGUUGAUGAUCAUCAAGAAUCUAGUAUCUUUUUGAUUUUGCGGAGAAUGAGAUUCUAAUCUGACGACUGGUGGUAUCUUUGUAUGAUGUAAGCUUCUUUUCUAAUCAAAGCAAUGAAUUAUGCAGGCUGGAGUCGCGCUUGUUGGUUUUUAGCAAUCCUCCGUUUCUUCUAACUAUCGCAAGUCAGUCGUGAGUGCUUGUCGUCCCUGCAUGGAGCCGCUGGCUGCUUCCGGAUGCGACGCCUUCCGGUUGCCGCAUAUAGAGCAAGCUGUCGCGCAAAUCAACACACGUGACAAGACGGAAUUAGUUAAGGUUCGGGCUAUAACAGUUCUUAACAAAAAAUGAUCAACAACAACACACGAGAAAUAAAGACGGAAAUAUAAAUUUUAGUUAAGAAGGCUCGUCGGGCUAUAAACAAUCGCUUGUACUAGUUUCCACAUCCACGAAAAGUAGUCAUUUCUCCCUUGAGGUGAUCUUCACGCUUCCCCCUUACUCUUGGGGCUCAACAUCGAACCAGAUGCAGAAGUAGCGGCUUGAAUAGUCAAAAGUAGUCAAUACUCGUACAUCAAGGGGAGCAACUUUUAACUAUUACCACAUUGCAUUUUUCUACCUUGUUGUCCUCUAACCUGGCAUCGCAAGACGUCGAUCAGUGUGUCGUGGAUACGUACGGCAAGAAAACGGCUGAAGAAGCCGAUAACACGCAGAUGAAAGAAGCUUAUACAGGAGGAAUCGCACUGCUGAAUCGAAGGAUGUUAAGGGAGUGUUGAUAUUUUUUUAUUCGAUUAGAUAUAUCUAACAUGUAAAUAUAAUUGCAGUACUUCAUCUAGUUCUAGUGUCUCGUCUUUAUAACAACAUGUUGACGAGCAAUAAUUUUGAUGGUGAUCAUGAAGAUGAUCUUUGCUUCCAUGAUGAGUAGAAAGUUGUACAAGAGGACUCCUCAUCAUCAUAUUAAAUCUAAUCCAAAACGGCAAGUGUACUCCUUCGCUCGCUACUGAGAUUGCAUAUUUGACCCUGCCUGAGUUAGAAAAGCAAUUCGAUGGCAAUGAAGAGUGUGGCUGCCACCUCUGUGUCAAAUAUGGACCCGGGAUCUGGAGUGGGAGCGGUACUAUUGGACUUACUAUAAAAAUAGCUAUCCAUCGAUCUUCCACAUGAUCCUAGUUGCAGUAGAAACUCAUCAUUCAUCACAGCUAGAUUGAAGUAGGCUCUCUCAAUGAGGUGAAACUCAUCUUCAAGUAGGCCCGUAAUUAUUGAUGUUCUUUAUCAACAAAUGACAAAAAAUGACACGUGAAUAUCAUCAAGUAGUGACAACAUCUACUUCUAAAACCACAUCAACAUCAGCAUCCCCAUGAUGACCAUCAUCACCGUCCCCUCUUCCUCCACCAGCUCUAGCGGAGAAGUGUCAAGCCUGCGUGAAAGUUCCUGCCGCGACGAGGCGACUGCAAUGCAAAGAUUUCCAGACUGAGAAGUUUACAGCAGCUUCUGGGAACUGGGAAAACCUACAAGCUGGAGAACUGCAGACUUGCGUCUUGACGGCCUUUGAUAUUACGAUAAACGAUGCACAACCCCAUUCUGGUAGUAGUUACAGUUAGUUUACGAGCUAUUCUUGUUUGGUAGCAACAAGUAGUUUGAAUGGCAGUUCCGGUAUUUGGUAAAAACCUGAAUUUGAUCAUAAAGGAAAACAAGAAGAGAACCCUUGUGAUCCAAUUCAGGUUACCAAAUACCAGUAGAGCCAUACACUUAAUUGGUUUAAAAAAAGCUUAGACUAUUCGACCUUACCGAUAUUGUUCAUCCUCAGGAGCAUCUUGGUACUAGCCGUUUUCCCUGAGAAAACCCUUCCUAAUCAGAUGUGGAUCUCCACCGACCACUUCUCCUCCACCCCCAGAGGCCCAGACCCGCUCUAACAUUCGAAGACCUCACCACUUAUUGAUGGGCGGUCUGUGCAAUGGCGCUUUCAUCUGCGACGCGCUGAAACACGUGAGCGAAGCCCUGGGCGAGAUUACUGGAGAAACUGGCGAAUGCGCAUGCUUCACUUGUCUCGAAAUGCGGAAGUACCUGCUAUGCUGUUGGAUCGUAGUGAGAGUAGAAUAGUGAACAAGAGAUAACAAGUACAAGAUCUAGGGACAUCGUCGUCUUGCUCCCCCUACGAUCUACAUACACGACUUAAACAUUAAAAUUAGAUCAUGUGUAAGAGAUUUCCUUUUGUUCCAUGGAUUAUUUACACAGCUUAACAUCAGUCCACACCAGGAUCAUAAUGAAGCAUCUUCACGAUUUCCAACAGCAUACAACUCUCUUCUAAUUUUUGCCAUCAGCGGACAAUCCUGCCAGCAUAGCCUUGAAAUCCAGUCUGUUUGCCAACGCUGUGUCGCAGAACAAGACCGCAUCGCUAUAGUGGAGUAGAGAAUUGCCGAUACUAGCGAUACUUCUGCAUCAGAUGAAGAUAGAGAUUUCCCUUUCGGUAACUGUCUGUUUCAUAUUUGUUGGAAAGUCUUUUUGUCCUUUAACAUCUGAUUUUCUCGUGUUGUAAAUGUAAAAAAGUUAGUACCACCAGAUGCAGACGAGCCAAUGUUGUAGCUGUUUUACUGUUGUUCUAGUUUCAUCUAUUCUUUCCACUGUUGUUCUGGAAAUAAACGUAAUAAUCUUCUACUAAAGAAGACGAGAUUUUUUUUGGAUUUCGCAGCUCCGAAUACAAGACAGCUGCCUACAGGGGCAUUGUCUUCCUAGAGAGCUGACUCGCUCAGCCCCCCCUUCUCUCCAGGUUUUUCCGUCCGUCUCCUGUCCAUCCUUCUCAGCAGCCCUCGGCCCAGCGACUCCAUGGCCUAGCCCUUUCACUCGGCAGCCCAAAAUGGUCAAAAAGUAAAAAUAACGUCUGUUUUUGAAAAACAUACGUUUUUGAGGGUGAGUAGGGACGCAGCUGUCUUUAAUCCUUCGAGGGUACGCAGCUGUCUUGUAUUCGGAUCUGUCUACGUCUACAGCUCCGAAUACAAGACAGCUGCCUACAGGGGCAUUGUCUUCCUAAAGAGGCUCACGAGAGAGUCAAAGGGAAAUUUCGGGUGAUCCGGUGCUUGAAGCGCAGGGCUGAGGCGGAAGCCGCUCAAAUCUAAUCUAAUCUAUAUAAUCUAAUCUAAUCUAGAAGAACACUUGUUGAACAUCUGACUGUCUAUUGUUUGCAUCUGACUGUCUAUUGUUGACUGUCUAUGGUUCUCCUGUGAGUGAAGACUUUCAACAUGCAUCUGCUGAGGAGCUGAGACCACGUGUGAAGAGGGCUAUGAUAUCCUUCUAUCUCUAUGGGGUAUCUAUAUUGAUAAUAAUAAUACCCUUAUAUAUAAAAUAUAUGUAUCUGGGAGUGCAGUUGAGUGAUGUCACCAGUGUCAGAUGUGUGCGUCCGAAGUGUGAGAAACAAGGUGAUUGCAUGAGGAGAG